AUGGCGAGCGUGGCUACUCUCACGUCCAAACGUGGCGGCAAUCGCGGUGCGGUUACUCGACUCAUCGCCAAAAUAUCCGACAUCAUCGCCGAUGCUGCUAUGGACAGAGACCGAAAAAUCUACGAACUCAACAAGAAGUUGGAAGAUCUUCACGACAAAAUCAAGGUAGUUGAAACGCUCGAUUCUGAAAUCGUUGACCUAUUACCCGCUGCUGACAUGGAAGCUGAAAUGUCCAAUGCUGGUACUACCAAUGCUGUAGCGUACGACGCUCGCGACGCAGCAGAAUUUACUCUCAAAACUCUGAUGGAUGAAAAAGCCGCAGAAGUAGCAGCAGCUGCUGCUGCCGAUGCGGCUGCAGCAGCAGCUGCGAAUCCAAAUCCUCCAGCACCUACAGUCACUCCAACCAUCAACGUUACUACUGCCACUGAUUCGAGUCAUCUCCCCAAAUUCAACCUUCCCGAAUUUGACGGAAACAUUCUUCUAUGGAACGCAUUCUGGGACGUCUUCGAAGUAGAAGUCCAUCUAAAAACUAAGUAUUCUAAUGCUACCAAAUUCAACUUCCUUAAUUCUCGAUUGUCCAGUGACGCAAAAGCUCUUCUUCUCGGCCUUGUGCCAAGCAACGACAACUACACUGUCGCCGUCGAUCUACUCAAAAAGCGUUUUGGCCAGCCGGCGAAAAUCAUCAUGGCUCACAUGCGAGCACUCACAUCGUUACCUAACCCCGGCACUGAUCGGGUUUCUCUCCGCAAAUUCGUCGAUUGUUUAGAGUCUCACAUCCGUGGUCUCAAAGCUCUAAACAAGAAACCUGACUCAUAUGGCGAUCUUCUCGUCUGCAUCCUCCUGGACAAACUAUCGGCAGAUCUGCGUCGUAACUUGGCUCGACAAAGUGACGCCGCAGAGUGGGAUCUGGACACACUACGAAAAAGUCUCUUAAAGGAAAUCGAAAUUCUCGAGGACAGUGAGAGCUCACUCACUCACCCCUCUUCUUUUAAACAGCCACAAAAGCUCAACGUCUUGUUUUCAGGAGCCACUUCUUCAGCAAGGGAGUUCUCCAACCGAAAACUUCUUUGCCCCUUCUGCUCUGGCGUUCACUGGCCCACCGACUGCGACGUAGCAAUCACUGUCGAAGCGCGAUACGAAAUCGCAAAAGUCAAAAAUCUUUGUUUCAACUGUCUAAGAAGUCAUCCAGUCGGCGAUUGUCCUUCAAAGUUCCGCUGCCGGAAGUGUCAUCAUGCUCAUCACACGAGCCUCCACAAAGCUGAAUAG